AUGCCGCGUAAAGCUCACAUUGAAGAACCGCAGAGCAUGCAAGAUCAUAUGGAUGAGCUACAGAAGCAUGUACAGCGUAUGCGGCUUCCCGAAGAGCACCGUGACGAUUUGCUCUCGUUGCACCGACUCUCGUACAGCUCUGGAAGCACGGACGAGAUUGGGCACAGCGACGAAAGCCAGGAGCUACACCGGCGAUCGGACGGUGCAGCAGAGAUACGGCAGACGCAGUCGGAUCCCAGAGCCAUGUUUAAUAACAGUAUGCUGGAGGGCAAUUUGGAAAUCAUACGCUCCCUCGGCGAGGGUUCCAGUGGCGAGGUCGCCUUGGCCCGUGUCCGUCCCACGGGCAGGGUCAUUGCACGCAAGACGAUCAGCACGUCACCGGACCCGAUGAUACACCGCCAGCUCUUGCGCGAGCUGAACGUGAACCAGACGUGCCGAAGCCCGUACAUUGUCGAGUACUACGGCGCGUUUUUUGACCCCCACGAUGCGAACAUCACGAUCUGCAUGGAGUAUUGUGAGGCAGGAAGCAUGGACGCUAUCUACCGCCGCAUCAAGGCGCGGGGCGGCCGUGUCGGCGAAAAAAUUCUCGUCAAGCUCGCCUCUUCGAUCCUGCAUGGGCUCGAAUAUCUGCGCGCGCGCCGCAUUAUCCAUCGAGACGUCAAGCCGUCUAAUAUUCUCGUUACGCGAAGCGGGGAAAUCAAGCUGUGCGACUUUGGUGUGGCGGGCGAACUGGUAAACAGCGUUGCAGGCACAUUUACGGGAACGAGUAUGUACAUGGCGCCGGAGCGCAUUAUGGGGCACGCCUAUACCAUAUCCUCAGACGUUUGGGCGCUUGGCAUAUCCAUCCUGGAGCUCGCAAUGAACCGCUUUCCAUUUCCGCCAGAUAGCGAUGCUUUUAUGGGUCCGAUCGACUUAAUGACCUUUCUACUGCACGCGCCGUUGCCGACGCUGCAAGACGAGCCGGAAAACGGAAUCCGGUGGAGCCGCGCGUUGCGCGACUUUUUAGCGCGGUGUUUGACGCGCGAUGGAAAGCAGCGCGCAAGCCCACGGAUACUGCUGCAGCAUCCGAUUGUAAAGCGUGGCGAGGCUGUUCCAGACGCAGACAUGGCGCGCUUUGUCGCGCACGUCUGGCAGUGGGCCGCUCCGUACCCCACACCCUCGUAA